AUUUACCGGUUUGUAGAGAGAGAGAGAGAGGAAUUUAUAAGGAAGAGAAGAGUCCCCACUGAGUGGGGGUAUCAAUUGAAAGAAAGGGCAUAAAAGGAGAAGGGAGUGGGGGACUUCGUCUUUUUUAGGAGUUUCUCGGUAACGGAAUAAUUCGCUCUCGCUCUCUCCCGUUGCCGUUCCGUCUCCCUGAAUGCCUCACCAGUAUUCAGGGUAUGUGAUUUUCGUUUUCUCCCUUCAUUUUGCUAAUUUCUGGACACGUGAUGUCUAAUCUCCAGGGAAAACCAACCCUCUAGGGAUACUUUGAAAAGCAGACCUUAGCAUGUAUGAUAGCCAUUUUCACAUGCAUGACAUUCUUCAAGAUGGCUGUUACUGUUGAUCCAGGUCAUGGGUUCAGGCCAUUUGCUCGACCUCCUAGAUGCAAACUCCAGUCUUACACUCAGCCUGAUAACACAAUGCUCGACUCCAGCCAAUCCAAUCUUAUAUACUCCUUGAAACAUACAUUUGAGUUCACUAACAUCCACAGAAGCUUCUCAACCCCAUGCCUAUCUAUUUCCUCUAGAGUCGAGGAUGAAUCUGAUAUCAAUGCUAGGAUUGAAAUCAUUGGUGGUCGUGCCACAUCAAGAGUACGCAAUAUGGUUGUUGAGGUUGCCAUAGCUAUGGCCUCUGGCAUCAAUCCCGAGCCAGUCUCUAGUGGUCUUGGUGGGGCCUAUUUUCUGCGCACUCGAAAUGGUGAUCCUAUAGCUGUUGCAAAGCCCAUAGAUGAGGAACCUCUGGCAUUCAAUAAUCCAAAAGGCUUUUGUGGCCGUAUGUUUGGUCAACCGGGAAUCAAACGCUCAAUCAAGAUAGGUGAAACUGGCCUGCGUGAAUCUGCUGCUUAUCUCCUUGACCAUGGUGGAUUUGCUGGUGUCCCUCCUACAGUAUUAGUCAAAUUUUCUCAUGUCAAAUUUAAUGUCAAUAGUUCAGAAGUAGUUCUUGCCCCGCUUUAUAAGAUUGCGUCACUUCAAAGUUUUGUAAAUCACUAUUCUGAUGCGGCAGAUUUGGGCCCUUCAGGCUUCUCAGUCUCAUCUAUACACCAUAUAGGAAUACUAGAUGUUAGACUGAUGAAUCUUGAUAGACAUGCUGGGAACAUUCUAGUGAAGCAAGGGAAAGAGGGUUAUGUGGCGGGAAAAGCUGAGCUAGUUCCCAUAGACCAUGGAUUUUGCUUACCUGAAUCACUUGACGAUCCAUAUUUUGAGUGGUUGCAUUGGCCACAAGCCUCUAUACCUUUUUCAGAGUCUGAAGUUGAAUAUAUAUCCAGUCUCGAUCCAUUUAAAGAUGCAGAGCUUCUAAGAGUUGAACUUCCAGCAAUUAGGGAGUCCUCUGUACGGAUUCUUGUGCUUUGCACAAUCUUUUUGAAGCAAGCAACGGCUUAUGGAUUUUGUCUUGCUGAAAUAGGUGAAAUGAUGACUAGAGAGUUUCACGGAGAGGAAGAGAAUUGGAGUGCAUUCGAGAAUAUCUGUAUAAAUUCUAGGGCUGGCUUGAACUUUGGAAAAAGCAAUGAUAUUGUCAGCAAUGAUCAUGAUGAAGACGAAGUUUGUGAGAUAUCCCAAUUUAAUGAAAAUGAAUAUGGCCCCAAUCAGGUUAUAGAUUUUGCUCAGAACUCACAGAAUUUUCUGGCAAUAAGUGGUAAGCCACUGAAAAUUCCAAGAUAUUCAUCACUGAGUAUAUUAGAUGAUUCGACGCUGUUUCAUUUGAAUGAAAAUGACAUUCUUCAAGAUUUGAACACCGAAUCGGAUGAUGAUGCAAAUGAGGAUUAUAAUUCCAAGGCAGGUGUCUUGAUGAGAAGUAUGAGUUUCCCCGCUCCAAAAUAUAGUCAUGACGCUGAAGGAAUUUCUUUCGGGGAAAUGAAUGAUCAGGAAUGGGAAUUAUUCUUGGAUAGUUUUGAGAAACUUCUGCCAGAGGCUUUCGAGGGAAGAAAAUCCAUACUCUUGCCAAAGUUAAGGGUUGGAUCUUCUUGUGAAUUCUGAAGAAUGUUGAAAGUGCAAGAACUGCUUGUAAGUAGCAUCAGUUAACUGUACGCAAACCCAUAGAUUACUACUGUAGGAAGUAGAUAAAUUUUAGCGCGAGAGGAAAAGCGAAGGUAAAGCUGCCAUCCUUUCCAUCUCCACCCUUUCCCCCCUCCAUUUCCAUCUUUUCUUCAUCUUCAGUUUAUCUUUUGUUUCUUUAUAAUCUUAGGACUUGUAAUCCUGAGGGGUAACUUAGUGAUCAGGCCUUAGAUUUGUUCCCUAAUGGUCACCAGUUGGAGUCCCUCCAGGACCAUUGAGGUGAGUACUCGACAGUAAACUUUAGGGUCCCGUGGAAUUAGUCGAGGUGUGCGUAAGUUGGCCUGGAUAUCCACGGUUUUCAAAAAAAAUAAUCUUAGGACUUGUGCACUAGUGUAGAGGAUUUUCCUUUUCUGUGAAUGAUUUUGAGAUUGCAGUGUCUCGAAUUAUGAGGCAUCGAUCAUAACGAUUAAUUGAUCUAGAUAUGUAUGAACAUCUAUUAACGAUGAAUGAUUGUGAACAAUAAUCGAUCUUAUCA